AUGAAUGAAAAUUCCGCUAGAAAUAAUUCAUCAGCGAUAGUGAGUACUGAAGCGUUUCGUUCAAAUGAAAUUGUACCUACUGCAGCUUGCCACAACGCAUUUAUCGAAAUACCGAGGCGAUAUGCAUCAUUUUCCAACUGGCCCAGCGAACAGCUACCUGCUGUCGAUGAUCUUGUUCGAGCUGGAUUCUUCUAUACUGGUAAAAAUACAAUUGUGACAUGUUUUUAUUGUAAUGGAUCGCUUCAGAACUGGGGUUCUAAUGAUAAUCCAAUGAUUGAGCAUGCCAGAUGGUUUCCUCAAUGUGCCUAUGCCAAGCAGCUUUGUGGCGAAGAUCUUUAUCGAAAAAUUGAGGAAUCGAAGCGACUGACACAAGGUAUGUGA